AUGAGUAUAGCGCGGUUGGAGCCAUCUGUAAACGAUGAGACCCAACGGGGAAAUUUAGCACGAGAGGAGGAGGAUGAGGAAGUUCAACAGGAAGGAUCGGAGCGGGAAGUCCCUUACAGUCACGUCUCCGACGGCACCGAUAAUGAGGAUUAUACGGGGGACGUGACAGGUGGUGAGGAGAGCGAUUACGAAGAGGGAUCUGAGGUGGAGCAAGAAAACCUUCUGUCAUUCUCUGCAUUCCCCUUGGAGGCUAUUGGUGGUCAACACGUCAUGGUUAUAACGGCAUUCCGCCGCUUUGUUGCUGUAGGCACUAGUCGUGGCGACGUGGUGCUGCUGGAAGCCACGAGUGGCGUAGUGUUUCGAUUGCUUCACGCUCAUACCAACCCUAUUAGUGAUAUCACUUGUGACACCAGUGAAAAGUACAUUGGUUCUUCAGAUAUGUCAGGGUUGGUCACCAUACACAAUCUUACUGGUGGUACGGAGUCCUACAGGAAGGAUUUUGGUCGCUCGAUCAAGUCGUUAUCUAUUCAUCCCUUUUAUGGUCGCAGGGACGAACGGCCUGCUGUUGUUUCUAGUUCUGACGAUGUUAUGCUCAUCACCAAAACUAUGUUUCUUGGCCGAAAUGUUUCGGUUAUACACCAAAAGCACGGAAAGGUGUUUUGUGUGAAGUGGUGCGGUGCCGACAUUAUUGCAUGGGCAAGUGAGACUGGUGUUGUAUUAUACAGUUAUUCAGGAAAGGAGGUACUGCAGUCUAUUCCACGACCUGAAAAUUCUUUACAUCUUGAGUUGUAUAAUUGCUCGCUCAUCUGGGAGCCUCCACGCACGCUUACAUGUGGAUGGGGUAACUGGAUUCAGGAGGUUGUGUUGCGUGUAAGCGGUCGUGAGUCCGGAUCCCGCAACCAAAGGGUUAUUGUUCAUCCCCCUGUUCUAACGGAUACGCUGAGGGACCCAUUUCGUGUUUGCGGUAUGGCGGCUUUUGGUGCAGAUCGGUACGCUGUACUCGCUGCGACAGUUGAACAGGAAGGUUGUGUGGGAGAAUUGGGCGUGCGCAUCGUGGACCGCGCAACAUUCGAUCCCGUUUACUGCGCAAGAAUAGCUACAAGCCACAAGCACACUUUGCAGUUUUGUUUGGCUUUCACACAAGCUAGUUGUGAGAGUGCCUUUGAGGCACCAAAACUCACCAUGAACAACACCCCUCAGCAUGAUCCCGCACUCCCAACAAAAGGGUCCAUGUACUUUGUUGGAUGCGGCGACGUUAUCAUUAGGGCAGCACCUGCCGACGAAGAUGAUCACGUUCAGUAUCUUCUGGGUGUGGGUCAAGUUCCGGAGGCUUAUGAGUACGCACAAAAAUAUGCUCUUACAAGGUACGAUUUGAAGGGUAUCGGUUGGCGGAUGCUUCAACAUCUUUUAGCGGUUGGAAAACAUGAGGAAGCUGCUUUUCAUCUCCCCCGCAUAAUUCAGUAUGAUUGUACCGAGUGGGAAACCUGGAUAGUGAAGUUUGAUCAGCGGGGGUUAUCUCACUUGUUAGCAGAUGUGGUUCCCACCAAGUUGCCCGGGAACGGCAGUCAGAGUGGUUGCGCUGGAGAGACAGGCAAUCGUUCCGAAAGGAUAGGAGAGGAAUAUUAUGAACUUCUUCUUCAACGUUGUCUAGAGAAAGAUGUGGCGCGAUUCAGGAAGGCGGUGCGGCGCCUCUCCGGUCUUUACAAGUUGGAAGUUAUCUGCCGCGCAGCAGAAGUACGAUACAACGAUUGGCGUUUGCAAGUGCAUCGUGGUAGUAAUGUUCCUGAAGAAGAGAUGCGGGACCUUGGUGAUGCUUAUGGUAUGCUUUUGAAACUUAAUGGACAAUACAACGAGGCAUUGCGGGUUCUGUCGCGUGUUGCUCACAGUAAUGAACUGUUUGAACUUGUCCAGGAAAGGCAUCUCUUUAGUGAGGCAUUGGAACUUCUUCCUGAGCUGUUUGCCACAAACGAAGGCAAGACUGUGGAGCUUUUGCUGACACCGGCCCCAAUUAGCAGCAGCACCACCACUUCAUCCAACGCCCCUGCAACUUUGACAGAGGACGAGAAUGACAUCGAUGACCACUGCUUGGGUCCUCCUUUGCUUUUCCCCCCUGCGUCUGUGGUUCAGCGUCUAGAGUUUGCACACCGUGGAUAUUUGUGGUCAUACCUGAAGGCACUGAAAAUGCACGAUAAGGCUGCAUACAAGGAAAUACUGAGGGUGUAUGUUCAACUUGUAGCCACACUUUUCAUCGAAAACGAACCUUCCGGCAUGUUACAGUUCCUCCGUGAGAAUUACUCCAUGCUGCCCAAGUUAAAGGAGAUAUAUGCACUUUGCAAAAAAGAGCAAAUGCUUGACGAAAUGGUUUUUCUAUUGUUGCGAAUGGGUAAGGAAGAGGAGGGUCUUUACGUUAUCGUACACGAAAUGAAGAACAUGAGAAAAGCGGUACAAUUUGUUGCCGAUGUACCUAACAAAGAGGACCAAACUAGUCUCUAUAAGAAGUUAAUACACAUGGUGUUAGAGGCUAACGCCGGUUUUCCCAGCCGUAACGGUCAAAAAUACAUUGAACAUGAAAUGAAAGCAGAUGAAACACUGUCGAGCAUCGCAAGGAGGUAUGGUGUUGACGAAAGUGAUCUGCGCGCGGCAAACCCCGUUCUGGACGCAGAGGGAGGAGGGGGUUGUAGUGGCAACGUAUCUGAUUUAGGUGAUGUGGUUCCCCAACGCCGUACUUGCAUUGUGCCUUUGGAUUUGACGAAGGAACUUAUCGAAGCUGUUGUCGAUAUGUCGGUCGCACAUUUGGUAACACUAGACCCCUCACUCAUUAUCGAACUACUUCCUGAUGAGGAACCAAUGCCCCACGUAGGAAAUUGUUUAGCCACUGUCGCGCGUAGCAAAGCCAACAGUGUGGCCCUCAUGGAAGCUGUCGUGUGUGUGGCCACGAGUGACUUAUUAACUUGCUUCGAGUCAUUUUACAAGCGCGAGCUAUCCUGUAUUCGUGUAACUCACGAUGGUGCAGUGUGUCCCCUUUGUCGACGCCCAACGUCAGAGGGUGUUGUUGUUUUUAGGUGCUUACACGCUCAUCAUUUGCGAUGUGUGGUGAAUUACUUCUCUGGAGAUAACACACUAUUCGAUUCAUUGAGCAAUGACGAAGUCGAACGAAUCCUCAAAGACCCUGAUGGAUUCAUCAACUCAACGCAGUGGUCUGGACCGAUAAGUUGUUGUUUUUGUAACCAGUUGACCAGAGUGGCAGAAUUAGUUGAGGUUGAAAUGCAGAGCGCAUAG